GUGACGUUCUGUUGAUGUAGUAUUAGUUAGUGUGUGACAUAUGCAGGGCUCGACAGCGGCGCGCGAGUCAGUGCCGAACGCGGGAGAUUUAACACGUAUCGAGAAGGUCCUAAGCGCCCGAAAUGGAGCCCAAAGCGCCCGGAAUGAAGUACCUGCCGCUACUGGUUUUCCAGCUGGUUCUGGCGGCACUUUUCUUCGUCUUCGUCAAGUAUGACGGCGACAACCAUCACCAACUUCGAGGUUUCGAAGACACCCACGUGAUGAUCUACAUCGGCUUCGGGUUCCUGAUGACGUUCCUGAAGAAGUACUGCUACAGUGCGCUCGGCUUCAACUGGCUCCUCGCAGCUUUGGUGGCACAGUGGUCCCUUCUUACCCAGGGCUGGUUCAAUAUGAAGGACAUGGUUAUACCGCUUAACAAGGAGACUAUCAUCGAGGCUGACAUUAUGGCGGCGACCAUUCUCAUAACCUUCGGUGCGCUCCUGGGCGUCGCCAGCAGUGGUCAGCUCCUCUUCAUCGCCAUCGUGGAGACCGCCAUCGCUAGCGCCAACAUUUACCUCGUCACCAGCGUUUUUCAGGCAGCGGACGUCGGUGGCUCGAUCGCCAUCCACUCUUUCGGAGCUUACUUCGGCUUGGGGGUGAGCCUUGCCCUCAAAUCCAAGAAGGUUGAGGGCCAAGCGGAGAAGAACGUGCUCAACGCACCUACUUACAUCUCGGACGUUACUGCUAUGAUAGGUUCGAUAUUCCUGUACAUCUACUGGCCGUCUUUCAACUCUGCGCUCACGGGCACCGACGAAGAGUACCAACGGGCGGUCACCAAUACUUACCUCUCGCUCGCAUCUUGCACUGUGGUCACCUUCAUCCUGUCCUCAAUUUUGAACCAUGAGCCAGGGAAGUUCGACAUGGUCCACAUUCAGAACUCGACGCUGGCCGGUGGCGUUGCUGUCGGCUCGGUGUGCAACAUGCACGUUCAGGCUGGAGGGGCCAUACUUAUCGGUAUCGGGGCCGCGACUAUCAGCGUGCUGGGCUAUAGGUUCCUUACGCCUAAGUUAGAGAAACUAGGCCUACUGGACACAUGCGGCGUGCACAACCUCCACGGCAUGCCGGGCGUAUAUUCUGGCCUACUGUCAGUUCUGUUCGCUGCGCUCGCCACCUCCAGCACAUACGGCGAGACUGGUUUACACAGCGUUUUUGGAGCUAUGAAGGACGGUAGGACAGCCAAGGAGCAAGCUCUCUACCAACUCGCCGCUGUUGGCGCGACACUUGCUAUCUCCUUUCUGAGUGGAAUGAUCACUGGUUUCAUAGCGAAGAUGAAGAUGUUUGCUCCACUGGAAGAGAAAGACAAGUAUAACGAUGAACUCAACUGGGAGCUCCCAUAGUAGCUCUAGCCGUACUCACGAGAUAUUUUGUAUAUUUUAUAUUUACUGCGAAUUCUGUUAUAUUACUUUGUUGGUCUUUGAUAAGUAUCAUGUCUAUGUAAAAGGCAUACUGGGUGUGACCAUAUGGGGCUUUAAAUUUGAGAUCGAUUUAGAUCCUAUUGUAUUGGUAUAAUACUUUACAAUGGUUAAGUUAUUAUAUUUUAAGCUAGUAUUGACGUAAAAUCGUAAGAAUUUUGUUGUGUUCAAGGCAAUUUUUUGUUAUAUUAAUACAAAAAUAUUUUAAAAAAAAAUCGUUAGCUAAAAGUUGUUUAAUCUUAAAGCUUAAUUCAGUCCAAAAAAAAUCCUGUGUAAACUUAAGGAUUAUCACAGUGCCAUAUAAACCAAAAUAGAUACAGGAUGGACCUUGUAAAACGAGUCAAGAAUAAAGGUUAGUAAGUAGGUAAGGCUAUAAUGGCUCCUCUACACGAUGGCUCAGCGCUAGGCCAGCGAGAUGGCCAUGCAAAGGAGAGCACGCACUAUGGAAUGGGCCACGCACCAUCGGCUGGCCCACUACCUUUGAUAUGCGGACGAAAAACCGACACCGCGGCCAUCCUAUCGCCAUCCCGCCGCGCCCGACACCACUACCCUCUAUACACGCUGACCCAUCUUAUUGGGCCAGUAUGAUGGCUCAUCGUGUAGAGGAGCCAUAAAAAAGGCCAGAUAAUUUAUUCAUCUGAUGCCUUUAGCGAGAAAAUAGUCAAUCAUUCUCGCCGGUUGGAUAUUUUGGACAAGUUUCUUUACUUAGUACAGAAUAGAUAAUAUUACUUACGUUAUUCUCACUGUCUAUUAAAACCGUUGUUUGACAGCGAAGGUCACGAAUCAUGUCACUCUCUAAUUCAUGAUAAGUUGUCUUUCUCUUAAUUACUGCUCGGAGCAGUAGAGAGUCGAGCGCGCCCGAAAAAUGUUUUGAUAAGGUUAUACUUAUGGGUUAAUUAAGAGGAAAUACCAGCUGAGCCCCUUCUCAGAUUUGUAAUUUUAGGUAUCUCCGUCGCGCUGACGGGGACGUCUCCUAAAAUUAGUGCGAUAAGGACCAGCUGCAGCUUAGACGAGAAAUCGAAGUUUCGUUAUCGAUUUUCCUCCUUCAAAACUUAACCAAUCGUAACGAAAUUUCGAAAACGGAAUAAGAAAGAAACUAUCUGUGUCUGACCGUUUUGAUUUUUGCGUUUAUUUUUGCCAAUUUUGUAUGCUAGGAGUCUGUUUACGGCGCAUUUAUUUGGCCGUUUUUAGCGCUUUUUCAAGUAACUUAGAUCUUAUAAAAACAAGAAUAUCAAAAAAACAUAGGUAUCUGACAUCUGCUAGGUAGAUGACAUAGGUACUGGUAAUAUUGAAUUGAUAUAAUAGUUAUUUGUGCAACAAGAGAGGAAAGUUGGUAUUUCUUGCGAGUGUUUUAAUUUGAGUCCCGAGAAAGCGAAAUAUUCUAUAAUUGAAUCACGAGCGAAGCGAGUGAUUCUAAUGUAGAAUCUUGAGCGUAGCGAGGGACUCAAAAACACGAGAUGUAAAAUAACUUUGCUCUCGUGUUGCACACAUAAUUUUUCACCUCAGUAGUGAGAACAUAUUAAAGGUUAAAAUGUAUUUCGAAUUACACAGAAUAAACAGAAAAAAAAAGUAUUAUAAUAUGUACCAUACCAUACCAUAAAAAAAAUGUAAUAAAAGUAUGAAGUUCAUGGCCUUCACUAAAUUCAAAAGCUACAUUGUUUCACUCCCUGGAGUGAGGAAAGUCGCACUUUCCAGGGAGUGACGAAAGUAGGCUUGUUCGAGCUGCUGAGGUGAAAAAACAUUAUUUAUGUAGGGCCAAGAUCCAAAGAGGAAAAUGUCGAGAACGUUGGAAUGGAAAAUUACUACUAAUGUUUCCUCUUAAAAGAAACACCGGGACAAGAGAAAUACUUGUUACUGCUGAAUACUCAUACUGUUUCUCUUGCCCCGAGCAAAAUAAACUACAUUUUCUCUUAACCCACAGUGACCUUUUAGCCUUUUACUUUGGCUACAAAUUGCUUCAAUGUUAUGUAUUACAAAAGUAUUGCUUUAGUAAAUGACCAGCUCGAUAGGUAAGCUUCUUUUAGUUGUAAGUUUCUUUCAGUAAAUGUAUCUACUUUAUUUUAUACUCAAAACUUGUUAUAAUGUUGUCCGUUACUUUAUUAUAAUGUAAGUUAAGACUAGACACUGUAAGUAGUGUAAACUGACUAUAAUUAUAAAACCACCACCUGAAUUGUAAAAUUUAUAUUA